UGUCAUUCAAUUUGUAAAUGUACAGCUGUUUCAUUAAAACAAAUUAAUGUUGCUUUGCACAAAAGUUCUAAAGUUUUCAAAGUACAAAUUCUUAACUGCCAAAGGUUAUAGACCAACUAGUGUUGCUUGGGCUAUAAAAGGUGAUUAUAGUCCAGGACCAUAUCCACAGACUAAGGCUGAAAGGCAAAAAGCUGCAAAACGAUAUGGACUUAUAUAUGAAGAUUAUGAACCUUAUCCUGAUGAUGGGCUUGGUAUAGGAGAUUAUCCUAAUUUGCCCUUGAUUGCUGGUGAAGCUAGAGAUCCAUAUUAUUCCUGGAAUACAGACUUGUAUAGGGAUUAUAAAGAGCCAGUUCAUAUAACAUGGAAUUUAACAUCAGAUCGUAUUGAUCCCAAUUAUAUUCCUGUAGGUGGAUGGUGGAAAGUAAUGUUAUACUCUUGGGGUUCUCUAUUUGGAUUUGGCUUUUUAUGCUGGCUUGCAUCUCCUUAUCAAUUAAUGUGGCCUGCAAUGGAAAAACUUUACCCGUACGAAUACCUCGAUGCUUGGAAUCAUAUGAAGACUACGGGAGAAUAUCCCAAGGAAAUCAAGAGAAGAAUUCAUUAUUCCUUUCCCAAAACACCCCAAGAUAUGGAAUUGCACCCUUAAAACUUACUAAAUUUUUUUUAAAAUUAUGUAUGAUUCGAUACGUUUACAUUCUUAUUGUAUUUAUUAUUAUAUUAUAUAAAAUGAAAAAUAAAUGUAAUUUAUAUCCUAUUUCCCCAUUUUCAAUUAUUUAUUAACCGAUCAACAAAGCGUCCAACUUUGAG